UUAUUCUGGUCUCAACAUCCUGCAUGUCAUAUUGAACGUACACCUCGCAGCAUCACUCUGACACGGGACAAGGGUUUCGUCAGACUGACUUUUUUCAUCUGUGAGAGUCUUCAUGCAUCUGGGUCAAAGUGUGCGGCUCUCCGCGCUCGCUCCACACCUCGUGAAUAUUCAGCAGCCGUGACAGUGGAGGGGGGUGGAGAGACCGGUGCUAUAAAUGGUUUCACGGUUUCCAAUAAAGAUAUUGUUCCUGCAGCAAACUGGAGACUGGAGUCGGGUUUGACCAGGGAUUAGAACAACCCACAGACUGCAUCACGGUAACUUCUCACCCGGCCGCGUGUCUCAGCCGAAGCAGAGUCCAGCGGAAAAUGGAGAGCAUGCAGGAGCUGAUCCCCUUCGCCAGAGAGAUGCUGAGUCAGAGGCCCGGACGGGCUCUGCUGAAGGUCUACCUGCUGGGCUCCGUGUUCGCGGUGCUGGGGACGAUCAUCGGGCUGGCGGAGACCGUGUGCCGCCCCUUGUCCUCUGGUCAGCCGAUGGACGCCGAGGAUGUCCUCAUGUUGGCCCGGGAGGAGCGGAGAAACAUCUGGAGCCAGGAGGAGGAGGAGGAGGAGGAGGAGGAGGAGGAGCUGACUCCUAAAAAUGGGGCCACGACCCAGGGCGAGACCCUCACCAAGACCCAUACACUCGGCCAUCGAAGCACGGCCAACCGGCUGCAUGCUUCAUAAGGUCAAAGGGGUCGACCCUUUGUGACUCGAGACAUUUACGAGGGAACCUCUCCUGCCACACCAACGCGUUGUGCAACACGCACACAUGCUAAAGCUUUGCACACGAGCAGUGUCUGAACUGUCCUGACAUUCUGUGACACUACAGAGACAGGAGCUAAAACCAAGUGUGUCGGACAGAGGCUGAGAAGAGGAGCUGCAGGAAUGGACAGCGUGAGGAAAAAAUAACAUUCAUUACAAUGAUGAACCUGAAUAUGAGCAUGGGACGUCUUCUUUAGAGGGAAAAAAAAGGGACCGGCUGAUUUCUUACUAAAACAUCGAUGAAUUGUGCUCCAUAAAACCCAUUUCUGAAUCUGCUGCUCGCCAGAUUUGGAUUCUGAGAUACAGAAGAACUGACACACACAAAACAGCAAACUACUUUAUAGUUUGUCUGUUUUGCUGUUAUCUUCUGAUUUAAGAAAAGAGGUGUCUGAAGGUCAAAGUGAGGAGUUGAUGAGAAGUACCUGAAGGCAGCGCGGCGAUGGGUCUGCCCGGCUACAUGAGCUGCUGUGUAGCGCCACCUGCUGUCUGGUGGAUGUGUCCGAGCCGCAGCUACACCCUCACACAGUGUACAGUAUGUCCAAAGAGAGGAAGUGUUGUGGCUUUGAUGCUUAUGUAACAUUAUAUUACACUGUAAAUGUACAAUAUUUUUUUAUACCAAUAAAGUCCAUUUUAUUUAUCUAA